GUUUUUAACAUCAUCCCAUACACAAACAGCAUGGGGUGUUGCCUUUACUAAAGCUCUUAAACCAGUUGAUUCUAAAUCUGAACAAUAUAUUGAGCAAUUAUUUUCAGCAUUGGAAUUAAUUAGAUUUGGAUAUUUAAAUG